AUGUAUGGAUUGAGGGAGCUCAAACUUGGAGGAUCUAUGCUUCUGUGCCAAGAGACAACUGUGAUUACUAUAAUCUUUGUGGCCCUUGUGGACUCACCAGUUUGCCAGUGCUUGUCACAAUUUAAGCCAAAAUCAGCUGAAAAUUGGGACAUGAUGGACUGGACUCAAGGAUGUGUACGCAAUCAAGAAUUGAGCUGCAAGGAUAAGAGUGAAUAUGGAUUUUUGAAACAUACUGGGCUUAAAUAUCCUGAUAUUACACAUGCUUGGGUCAAUGAGAUUUUCUGGAGAAGCUUGGGAUCUGUAAAUUCGAAUGGAAACUUUAGAGUCAGUGAAAAUCUGGACCUUCCUUUUUUCGACCUUUCUUCAAUGGUCAAGGCAGCCAAUGGCUUCUCAACCAACAAGAUGCUUGGAGAAGGUGGUUUUGGGACAAAAUACAGGGGUAUCCUAGAAGAUGGACAAGAAAUUGUUGUCAAGAGACUCUCACAAGGUUCUGGACAAGGGUUGAAUGAAUUCAGGAAUGAAGUGAGAUUGAUUGCCAAACUUCAACAUCGAAACCUGGGUAAGCUUCUAGGUUGGUGUACUCAAGGAGAGGAGAAAAUGCCUAUCUAUGAAUACAUGCCUAACAAUAGCCUAGACUCCAUCUUUUG